UUUAAUAAAUUUAUUGUUAAUAUUACUAUUUUUAUUAUAUCUCAUAUUUUGCGCGCAAAAUAUGUAAAUCUUUUAAAUGUGAAUUUAUUUAACCCUACUUGCUUUACUAUAAAAAAACAUUUCUAUUUAUGAUUGGUGCUAAGAUUUUGAAAAAUAUUAACUAGAGAAAUGUAGGCAUUUGUGAGUUUCCUUAAAAAAUAUGCCCAUUCCUUUCCUUUUUCAAAGUAUUAGAUGCCAUGCACUAUCAAUUUACCGAAUAAUUUGAAAAUACAUUUUGUCAAUGUUCCCUUUAAUUCAACCAGAAUAUUAAGAAUUUAUGAAUUAAUUGUUUUAUCUGUUAUAAGAAAUAAUAAUAAGCAUUAGUAUACAUAAGUCAUAGAGUCAAUUACGAUUAAAUAUUAAUGUGAAAACUAAUAGAUAACAAAUAUUUAAUGUUGCAACCUAUAAAUAUUGUUUUACGUAUUUAGUAUAUCCUUAGUUAUCUAUUGGUAUUCAAUGUUCUAAGUUUUUAAUUAAUAUUUCUAACUAAAUAAUCUAUGUGUUCACAUAGUUUCCUUUAUUUUUUAACUAAAAGUUUAUAAAUUUUUGUUUAAAUAUACUAGAUUUUAUUAUUUUACUUUUAAAACUUUUAAUCAACAGUUGUAAAAUGUCUACUACAAAUGAAAAAUUAAUUGGUUCCAUUGAUGAAGGCACUAGUAGUACACGGUUUAUGUGAUGGAAGAAAUUACUAGAGAAAUACAAGAAGAGGUACCAUGGUGCAUAUUAUUCUCCUACAAUAUAGUGUAAAUAGGAGAAAAUUUAGAAUUAGGAAAAGUAGUUGGGAUAAUGGCGAGGAAGAUAAAAGAGAUAAAAAUGUAUUCAAGGUAUUUUCUUCAAAAACUCAUUUACCUAUAGCAAGCCAUCAAAUAAACACGACAAACAUUUGUCUGAACGAAGGGUGGGUAGAACAAGAUCCUAUUGAUAUUUUGAACAAAAUAAAAGAAACUAUUAGUGUGACUUGUGAUAAAUUAAAAUCUAUGAAUAUAUCUCCUGAAUGUGUUGCUACAAUUGGAAUAACAAACCAAAGAGAAACUACAUUAGUAUGGGACAAAAUAACUGGAAAACCAUUAUAUAAUGCUAUUAUCUGGAUGGAUGUUAGAACAGAAGGGAUAGUAGAUAGAUUUUUAAGUAAAGAUAUUCCACAUUUUACUACUAUUAAUGAAAAAAAGCAGUAUUUACAGUCUAAAAGUGGAUUAACAAUGAAUCCGUACUUCAGCGUUUUUAAAUUAAUUUGGUUAAUAGAAAAUGUGCCAGAAGUAAUGAGCGCUGUAAAAGAAAAACGCUGUAUGUUUGGAACUAUGGAUACAUGGAUAAUUUGGAGUCUUACUGGAGGUGUGAAUUCUGGUGUUCAUAUAACUGAUGUUACUAAUGCUUCUCGAACAAUGCUUAUGAAUAUCCAUUCAUUGAAUUGGGAUGAAAAUUUAAUCGAAUACUUUAGUAUACCUAAUGGAGUGUUAUUACCAGAAAUAAGAAGUUGUUCUGAAGUUUAUGGUUACAUGUUUGAUGGACCUCUUUUUGGAAAACCAAUAUCUGGAUGUGUAGGAGAUCAACAGGCUGCACUUAUAGGUCAAAUGUGUUUUGAAGCUGGAGAAGCAAAGAGUACAUUUGGUACAGGGUGUUUUUUAUUAUACAACACUGGUCAUAAGGCAGUUAUUUCCAAACAUGGUCUUCUGACUACAGUUGCUUACAAACUAGGAAAGAAUGUUGAUGCAGUGUAUGCACUAGAAGGUUCUGUUGCUGUAGCUGGUGCUGCUGUAAAAUGGUUGAAGGAUAAUUUAGGAAUUAUAUCUAAUUAUGAUCAUUUAUCAACAUUAAUAAAUAGUAUACCUGAUACUAAUGGUGUACACUUUGUUCCUGCAUUCUCUGGAUUAUAUGCUCCAUAUUGGAAGAGUGAUGCACGGGGAACAAUAGUUGGACUAACUCUUGAUAGUACAGAUGCCCAUUUAGCAAGAGCAACUCUUGAAGGUGUUGGUUUCCAAACCAAAGAUGUAUUGGAAUCAAUGCAGUGGGAUGCUGGACAUCUAAUUACUACUUUAAAAGUUGAUGGGGGUAUGACAAUUAGUAAUGGGUUUUUACAAAUUUUGGCCAACUUAUGUGGAAUACCAGUUGUACGUCCAAAAAUGGUUGAAACCACUGCUAUGGGUGCAGCUUUGGCAGCUGGAAUAGCAAUUGGAUUAUGGAAAAUACAGAGUAUAAAAUCAAUAUCUGAUACUUUUUUGUCAUCAAUAUCCAAACAAGAACAAUUAAAUAAGUACAAUGAAUGGAAAAAUGCAGUGUCCCGAAGUAUAGGAUGGAACAAUGAUGAAAGUGAAGACAUUGAAGAAUUUUAAAUCAUUAUUCUCGUGUAGUCUUGUGUAUUAAUAAUUAUUUAAUUUGUUUACUGUAGAUUAUAAUUUUUAUAAUUUAAGAUUAAUCACUUGUUAAUUUUUUAAAAUUUAAUUUAUAUAAUAAGAUCUGAAAUAAAAUUUAGUAAUGAAUAAAAUAUUUAUAGGUACUCUUAA